AUGCCUGUUCCAUUUGAAGCCCUUAUUCCACUUGGUCUUAUUACGGCCAUGUUCACGAUAACUGGAUCAUUGCUGAAUUUAUCUAGAAGGCAUAGCAAUGACGGAAAGCCUCCAAGGUUCAGUAUGGAUAAAUGGGAUAAACAAAUGAUGGAGCGUGAUAAAAGGUUAACGGGAAGUUCAAGUCUUGCACCACAAGGAUUUGCUACAAGUAGUAUUUAUUAUUUGACAAACAAGACACUUUGA